AUGUUUCCAGUAAACUCGUUCUUAGAAAUUAACCAUCUUGGUCACUCUAGACGCUCCUUGGGGCUCCUGAGGGGCCCCUCAUCCCAGUCCUGUUGGCAGAGGAUGGUGGGGGUGUUGUCCCGCAGGAGCAUGACUCAGCGUCUCGGUAUUCUUCUGGUACUUCUGGGCCUGGCCUGGGGUCUAAUGUUACUGCGCUACACGGCCCAACAGCCGCGUCACGAGAGCAGCCAGGAGCUCCGCGAGCAGAUCCUGGAGCUCAGCCACCGAUAUGUGCGAGUGCUGAGGGAGGAGAAGGAGAACGCCCCAGGAGGGCCGCAGGGCACUGCGCUGGUAGGAUACGCUGACCUGAAGCGGACCAUUGCAGUCUUGCUGGAUGACAUCCUUGGGCGUCUGUCCAAACUGGAGGGAAAGCUGGACCUGACCAACUCCUCCUCCAGCAACUCCUCCUCACCGGCCUCAGCCGCAGUCUCCAGACACAAGGCCCCAGCCGGGACGGCACGGCUGCUGCCACAGGCCAGCCACCUCUAG